AUGCAUGAGGACCGCAGUUACUUCCAUUUUCUGCGCCCCUUACAACUGUUAACCGGAUUGCCACUUCCUUUCGGCACCCGAUCGGAGAAGGUUCGUCUCCUGGCGUACAUCUCCUUGAUUGUGUUAAAUCUAGUGACCAUCGGGCACAAACUGUAUUACGUGCAGUAUCAAGACAGGACGAUUCCUUUCAUUAGUGUUCAAUUGGCUUGCUUCACUGCGAACGUUGCAACAAUCAUUACCAUGAUCACCUACGCUGCGUACUACGAGAAGUUCCAGCAGCUCGUAUCGUUCGUCGACGAAAGAUCCUUCGCCACAGACCAUCCAUUAGCCUGGCGAAUCAGGACUCGCUGGUACCGCUGGUGUAAUUUCUUUCUAUUAGGUCCGCUGCUCAACUUCCUGAUUUUAAAAUUGUUUGAGUUGUCAAUGGACAGUUCAUUCUCUAAGUACACGUUGAUAGAAGUGCGUGGUGAGAUUGUCGACAACGCGUUCGUUCAUAAAAUGUACAGUCUUUACCUGUGGGUUCCGGGAACUGCAUGGUUCCUGGGUUGUUCAAUCAUUUACGCGACCACCGUUGGUUUGUUGGCCGAAAUGGAACUGUUGGCCACCUGUCUGGGAGAGUUGGAUGUGACGGUAGCAGACAGAUUGGCGCAGCUAUCGGUUGUCGGUUCAUUUGGUACACGCAACAGGAACUACACCGCCUUGUUCUGGAAGGUCUACAGAGAAGAGCUGAGAAGCUGUGCCAAGCGACACAAUGAGAUUUUUACAACGAUGUCGAUCUUGCAACAGAUCACCAGCGUAGUGUUUCUUCAAUUUCACUUCCUCGCAAUAGUAAUUGUCUUGUGCGGCUGGUAUGCCUCUCAGAGCGAUAACUACUUUGAAGACAACUUGGUUAUUAGUAUGUUUCUCAUCGUAGUCCUUCUACUGUACUUCGUCUUCUGUUUCCUGGUGGAAAAGAUCCAAGAUAUGAACGUCAACAUCGGAGUUCAACUGUACGGUACAAGCUGGAUGAUGCAGAUGCGCCAUUCGAACGAGUUUCACCACGAGUAUCGUUCGGCGGUACUGACAAUUCGGCUGCUUCUAGGCCGUAGCCAGCAACGCAUCCGGUUCACCUGUGGCUCGUAUGGCGAAAUUUCGAUGGUCAAGUUUACGGAAUUCAUCAAUCUCAUUUACUCAUUUGCUACCUUUCUGCAUAGCAUGAACUAA